AUGCACAUCUCACUAUCUCAAAGGGUCUCGACCGAGAAGCGAGAGACAACAGGUGGAGGGAGUGGUUUGCCUUACGAAACAAACACGCAUGCAGAGUGGUCCAGAUUCCCUUAUAUGGAGAAGUUCUGCUCACCGAGUCCAUUUGGCACGGCAUUCAACGCCCCUUCAUACCGGAUAAAGCGGCUAAAGGACGUCCAUCUAGCCUCAUGGCAUUUUGCUCAACACAGGUUAGCUUUCCGGCUCGACAUGCGUCCCCACUCCGGAUCUCGGAGCCGGACAGCUUCCGAGUUUCUAAAGGAUGGCAUUCUGCCCUUUUCCCAUAUCAGCGAGUCAUCAGAGUUCCCCAAGAAUCGCGGACGAGCUCUUUCCCGAGAGAAGAAAUACCGUUCUCGGGAUGUGGAGUCGUUCCAUGGAGGCGGGAUACACUUGGCCCUGCAUUCUCUCUCAGUGUCUAUUUUGUCACUUUUCAGAUUGUAG